AGAUGGGGUUGGGAGACCUAGGAUGGAGUGUAGGCCCUGCCUGGCCUUACUGUCCUUCACACUGCUCAGCACUCUUAUUCCUCCCCAGUACGCUUAGUGAAAAGUGUGUAUUUUAAAGCACAGUCCCAGUUUUAAAUCCUUAACUGAGUAUUUAAACCAAACAAUCAGAUGGCCUCCUGGUAAGGUAGCCCUGGGACUCAGUUCUUGCCUUCAUUCCCUGAAUACAUAGCAGGAGAGAUAUUUGGAGACCACUUAGGCAUUGAAUAGUUGGGGAAACUGAGGCAUGGGGGAGCAGGAUGACUGCCUGUUGGUCACUGGGCAAUAAUACCAGGCCCCAGGCUGUGGGGUAAUCCUGGAGACAGAAAGGGCAGAGAAUCUGGACUCCCAUGCUGGGCAUUCCCCUUCCCCAACCCUGAUAAACACCCAGCCAGCUAUGGUCACUGGGCGGGGACAAAGGUCCAGAGAAGUGGCCCCGUCACAGCCGGACAGUGUUGACUCACCUUGAAUGCCAGACCUAGCAUGGCCUUUGGCUUCAGAGGACACAGCACUCCCUCUCUUCUCUACCAACAUUCUCUGAGUCUCUCUUGGGCACCAGGUGUGGCGCUGAGCGCUGGGGACACAGCAGAGUGUGCUGGCUAGAGGAGGCGGGCAUCACCUGAGCCCUGCCAAGGCGUCGCCUCCUGCACGGCCAGACCAGCAUGGUGGACCACUUGCUUCCAGUGGACGAGACCUUCUCGUCGGCGAAAUGCCCAGUAGGUUACCUGGGUGGCAGGCUGGCCAAUCGACAGCCAUACCAUAUGUUGCCCUCACCUGUCUCUGAGGAUGACAGCGAUGUCUCUAGCCCCUGCUCCUGUGCCAGCCCUGACUCUCAAGCCUUCUGUUCCUGCUACAAUACAGGCCCAGGCUCUGAGGCCCAGGACAGCAUCUUGGAUUUCCUGCUGUCCCAGGCCACACUGGGCAGUGGUGGUGACAGUGGGGGCAUUGGAGAUAACAGUGGCCCUGUGACCUGGGGGUCCUGGAGGAGGGCCCCCGUGCCACUGAAGGGGGAACAUUUUUGCUUCCCUGAGUUCCCAUUGGGUGACCCUGAUGACAUCCCCAGGCCCUUCCAGCCUACCCUGGAGGAGAUCGAAGAGUUCCUGGAAGAGAACAUGGAGGCAGAGGUCAAGGAAGCCCCAGAGGGUGGCAGCAGGGACCCAGAGGCCUGCAGCCAGCUCUCAGCUGAGCCACACCGGAGCCACCUCCAUCUGGAGUCUGGUGGCAGAGAGUGCUGUACCCCACCACCAAGCAGCACCAGUGGGGGUGGUGCUCAGGGUACAGGUGAGGGCUCAACAUCUGACAGCCCUGUCCCUGUGCUGCUGCAGAUCCAGCCCAUGGCUGUGAAGCAGGAGGCAGGCACAGGGCCAGCCUCCCCAGGGCAGGCUCCAGAGAGCGUCAAGGUUGCUCAGCUCCUGGUCAACAUCCAGGGGCAGACCUUUGCACUCCUGCCUCAGGUGGUACCAUCUUCCAACUUGAACCUGCCCUCGAAGUUUGUGCGCAUCGCCCCUGUGCCCAUUGCGGCCAAACCCAUUGGCUCGGGACCCCUAGGGCCCGGCUCUGCUGGCCUCCUUGUGGGCCAGAAGUUCCCCAAGAACCCAGCAGCAGAACUCAUCAAAAUGCACAAAUGUACUUUCCCUGGCUGCAGCAAGAUGUAUACCAAGAGCAGCCACCUCAAGGCCCACCUACGCCGGCACACAGGCGAGAAGCCCUUUGCCUGCACCUGGCCGGGCUGCGGCUGGAGGUUCUCACGCUCCGAUGAGCUGUCCCGGCACCGGCGUUCCCACUCGGGUGUGAAGCCAUACCAGUGUCCUGUGUGCGAGAAGAAGUUCGCGCGGAGUGACCACCUCUCCAAACACAUCAAGGUGCACCGCUUCCCGCGGAGCAGCCGUGCCGUGCGCACCAUCAACUGAGCGCCACGGCUGCCCCACCCCAGGCCCCACUUUUUUUUUAAAAAGCAAUAAUUUAUUUGCCUCCAUCAGAGGGAUGUGACAACUACCAGCCCCACUUCUGAAGCCUAGGAGGUAUGACCCAGAGCCACCAUGGCUGCCUUUCCAGGAGGACCUAGAGCCCCCACACUCCCUGUGAGGCUGGUUCCCCUGGGGCCGAGGCAGGCCUGCCUGCGCCCAUGUGCCAUUGUGCCUUCCCUACAGCCACCAGCUGGAAGCAGGGUUUAGCGUGCCCUAGCCCUUUCCCCUGGGCUCCCCGCUUGGGACAAAGCCAACACUUUUAUUGCUGGGGAAGGAGAAAUGUUUGGGCCCUGUUGAAAUGUUAGUUCCCAGAUGGAGCCAUUGCGGGAAGAAGGAAGUAGGCUAAAAGUGCAGGGCUGCACUGUGGUGUGGGGGCUACCAUGUGCAAGAGGCAGCAUUCAACUUGAACGUUCAACUUAGCAUAGCAGAGACCUGGCCGGAAAGCCUGAAUGUGGGAGUGAGGUAAAGAAGUGGACCUCCAGGGCGGUAAUGCAUGUGCUUAAAUUAAAUGUGCAAGACAGAGCCAUACCCACCUGUGGUCCCCUCCUCCAGACAUCAGAUUGUAUUGGGUGGAAGGAAGGGGAACAGGGGCAGUGGGUGCUGAGGAACCAGCUAGCGCCUCCCUUCCUGACUUAGAUUUGCAUUCCUCAUCUUGUCUAGAAAUUAAUACCAAUUGAACUAGCUUGUUUUGAUAGGUCUGUUUCACAUCCUAUGAAUGUAUGUAAAUAAACUGUAUAUAAAUACGCAUCUGCGUAAAAUAUCUUUUAAUAACACGUCGACAUUUGUGUAAAUUUGAAAUUUAAAAAAUUCUAUAAAGUUGGUGUACAUAUGUUACAAUUAUGUAUAUUUUCUUUGGUCCUUCAUAAAAAUAUAUUUACUUUGCCAAUAAAAAGAUAAAAAGAACUCA